AUGGAGGAUAAAGCAGAAAAACGUAGCAAUUGUUGCCAAACACUGGGAAAGGCCUUUAGAUACGAAUUUAAAUGUCGAAAUCUGGGAUUCAGUGGAGCCCAAUAUGACCACUUCCCAUUUGCUCAAUGGAUGUGGAUGGAUAAGUUCUUCUAUCCAAUCUACCGAUUCAUCAUUGCCAUCGGGCUGUUAGCUUGGGCUUGCGUGGAAAUUGUGGAGGAAAUUGAGCAAAGCAAACAUACUCACACAAAGAGUAAAUACUUUCUUUAUGCCACAAAUUGGUCGUUCCUCACAUACACGGUCAGCUCAAUGGUUUUCGCAAUAUUCUGCACGUUUUACAAUUGCAAGAAAGGUGAAGUUACUUAUGCAAAGGCUUCAAGAUGGAUUAGUGAAAUUCUCUGGUUCUUUUACGGCAUGUCGAUGAACACAGUCGUGGUCACAUCUCUUGGUUACUGGGCUGCAUUAUGGGAUCCAACAUACUAUCGAUUCUACAAGCCAGAAUCAGAGUUCAAACACACAAUUCCAGCCCUUACUGUUAUCUUAGAUUUAUUUUUAAAUGGACUACCGAUUCGAUUACUUCAUGCUAUAUAUCCAAUGAUAUUCGGUAUACUUUAUUCCACUUUCUCCUUUCUCUACUUCGAUACCGGCCAUGAAAAACCAAUCUACCCGGUGCUUGAUUGGAGUCAACCAACGAAGGCUGCCAUUGUCUGCACGACGAUCAUCAUAGUCGGUCUUAUUGUGCAGUUCCUUCUCUACCUUCUCUAUGUUGGUCGCAUCACUCUGAGUGCACACCUCAAUGGACGAGGUAAAGUCGUUGUGGAUAGUUGGUGGAAUGCGGGUUCUCAAGCCACUCCUGUCAAUGAAGCUGUAGAAAGUGAGGAAAUAGUGGAGACAGAAAUAUCGACUGAUGCAAAAGGCAAAGGUGAUGUUGAAGUCGGCUACAUUUCAUCAAAGUGA